CAAGAAAGAAAAAACAAAAACUCCACCUACCCCUCUCUCUCUCACUCUCCAUUCCUCAGGCUCUAACAUUCCAAAAAUGGAUGAAAACAACGCCAAAGACACCGCCGUGGCAGCUGGUGAGACCGAAGACACCGCCGGAGCCAGUGACCAGGCGAGCAAGUUGCGGGUGUCAAUGAGAUAUGCGCUGAUGUUUGUAGAGUACCCUUUCAUGGCUUCCAUUGAAAGAGAACCCAGGAAGCUUUAUGGCUGCCGCGUGAAGAAGAGAAAAGAAUGAAAGAAUGAGAUCAAGUUGGAGCUUCCGACGGUACGGUGGUGGUGUGCGACCCAGAGAUCAAGAGCGUCACUGAGGAUUUCAAAGAUCGAAUUGGGCCAAAUAUGUUCAAGGGCAUGCUACUAAACAAAUUCCCAGUUGCUGUUAAAGAGCUGAUUGCAUCCAUAGAUGCAAGGAAGUUCAGGACUGCUGUUCUGAAGAUUGGAGGCAUCCACCACAAGAACCUUGUGCAGCUGGAGGGCUAUUGUUGCGAGUCCAAUCAUAGAUUCUUGGUCUACGAGUACGUCAAAAACGGUUCUCUUGAGAAGUAUAUAGAUGAUUCCGCUCUUUGCAAGGAACUGACCUGGAGAAAAAGGGUUGACAUAUGCUUAAGCGUGGCCCAGGCCAUUAAUUAUCUUCACUCUGAAUGCAGGGAGUUCAUAAGUCAUGGAAAUCUGAAGUGUGAAAAUGUCAUGUUGGAUGAGAACUUAAAAGCCAAGGUGAGCGAAUCUGGGUUUGCAAUAGUAGACGGCGAGGCAGUGUACUGUGCCUUUUCUGCCCAGAGAGACAUAGCAGAUUUCGGCAUGUUAGUCCUAACCUUAUUGACCGGAUGUAGAGAUCAAAGUGAUCUUUGUGAGUGGUCAUAUAAAGAACUGAUAGAAGGGAAUGCUGCAAAUGUGAUUGACAAAAGAAUUGAAGGUGGUGCCAAUUCAAAUGAACUUGAGCGCGUUUUGAGAAUCGCAUUCUGGUGCCUACAAAGCGAUGAACGUCGAAGGCCUUCAAUGGAGGAAGUAGUGGCAGUACUGGAAGGAACUUUGAGUAUUGAUCUACCACCACCUCCAUUUUGAUGCAAGAGGUUAUUGCUGGAAGAAUCCUAGAUACAAUAAGAUAAUGUUUCUGAGAUUCAGUGGAUGUGCUAAAUAAAUUUGUAGGAACUGUGUUCACUUUAGUUUACAACCUUAGUCACAUUAUAGUUUACAACCUUCUUGUUUGUGCUAAAUAGAGAGUUUGUUACCUCUUAGCUUAUUAGGAGUUGUAACUAUAAACUUUGAAGACUGUGUUCAGCAAUGUCCUGUUUUUUUAUCCUUGAUUAUAUAUAUAUAUAUAAGAAAGGUGUGCUUCUAUAGUUAGUGAGUAAUGCUUCUAUAUAUUUUGAAUUAAGGAUCAAAAUAGAAAAUCUAAUACGUUGAACAACACAAAAGAAUGAAGGUGAGACUGUUUCUCAUCAGUUGCAUUUAUACAGAAUUUACUGAUGAAACUAAGUUACACAUAUUUUUUCUUUUAUAUCUUCAUUUAUAGUAACAUGAUUGGUACAUAUGCCUUCCAUUUUUUUUUCUCCCAAUUGUUCUUUUUGCUGGACAGAUGAUAUUACUUUGUCAUAUUUUCCAUGUUUAAACAUCUCUAGUAUGUGAAGUCACACAUUGUCAAAAAGGAGUGAUUGUUAUUAUCUUUUUAUUCUUGUAGUUUGUGGUUUGUGUUGCGAAUAUGCGAUGCAUUGUCGUUGCGUGAUAACAUGGGAGUUUAAUACCUGAGAACAACCACAAAGUUCUUUUGUCACUGGGUUUGUACAUCUCUAUUGCAUACAUGUCUUCAUCUUCUUUGGGCCGAUUAUAUUGCUUAGAUCUUUGAUUGUUCUGUGAUUCUUGAAAAACUCUAAAGUUAUUUUAACAGGUUUUAUUUAAUUAUUAUGCUUGGCUAGGCCGUUUUCUCUUCUGCUUUUCAUUUUCUGCCAAGAUGUUAUGGGAAUGACAUGAUAAAUAGAUUAAUGAUGCAUAUCGGUUUCUCUUUACCCUGAUAAAACAAUCCGACUUUGAUGCCUUGAUUGGAUUCUUAAUUUGACACUUGAUCUUUUUCCUUCCCUUAUUUUGGGUUCAAUGAGAACAUUUUAUUAU